AUGGAGUUUUACAAGGUGGCGUGGCAGGUGAUUAAAACAGAUUUCAUGCAAUCAUUAAGGAGUUUGAGAUUCACAGUUGGCAUACAAUCAAGAGUGUACUUCAAAGCUCUGGGUUUGGAGAAAAAUGGAUUAGCUGGAUUGAAUGAUGACACAUUAGUGUUUCUGGAUGCUAGUGAAGAGGAAGCUGAAAAUUUGUUUCUCAUCCUUCAAAUCUUUGAAGCCAUCACAGGCUUGUCAGUAAACUACACCAAAAGUGCAGUUAUGAGUAUUAGGGAAGAUAAUAAAAUUCAAAUUGUAGCUGAGAUCCUCAAAUGCAAGAUUGAGUCACUUCCCCUCAAGUAUCUGGGUAUGUCAGUGGGAGCAAACUCAAGAUGCAGUGCAAUAUGGGAGUCAAUUAUUGAGAAAUUCCAAAAAAAGCUAGCACCAUGGAAAAGGAAAUUCUUCACAAAAGCAGGUAAACGGUUAUUAAUUAAAACUUCCCUUGCUAGCCUCCCUAUAUAUUACAUGUCUAUCUUUCAAAUGCCUGCUACUGUGGACAAGAAACUGAAUCAGAUAAUGAGAAACUUUCUGUGUGGGUCUUCUUCUGAGAAAAGAAAGAUUAAAUGGGUAGCAUGGGAUAGAGCAUGCACUCCAAAACAUAUGGGAGGACUGGGCAUAAGAAAUCUAAAGCUUACUAAUAAAGCAUUACUAGCUAAAUGGUCUUGGAGGUUCUCAAGGGAGAAGACACAACUUUGGAGAAGACUAAUCCAAGAAAAAAUGGCCACAAAAUCUGAUUCUUUAUGUGUCAAGGAUUCUUCUCAACCUCAAGGUAGAGGCAUGUGA